CUCCCCGAAACGCGGUCGUCUCAGCUGGCAUGAGCUAACCUCCGAGUCCGACAUGGAAACCAAACCGUUCCUGUCAUUGGGGUUUUUGAAGCCCCAGUGCUCAUUGGCUCCCCCCAUGCAACGAGGUCGUUCGUCUGAGGCGUGUUCAUGUUUCAGCGGUGUUUGUCCCCUCCAUCAGCGUCGCCUAUCCUCAGAUUCUUCAGGACAGGUGACCUCCUCACCUUUAGGCUCUCCUACUUCCCAUCGUGGAAUGCAUCCCUCUUUGCUGAGCCCCACCUCCAUGGGACCCUCUGGCUCUCUCCAUUCUCCCAUCAGCACCCUGAGUUCACCGAUGAACGGCCUCACCUCACCCUUCUCAGUCAUUAGCUCACCCAUGGGGCCGCACUCCAUGAACUCACCUGGAAUGGGCUACGGCCCCAGCAUCAGCCCACAGUUGAACUCUCCGAUGAACUCGGUCAGCAGCACGGAGGACAUUAAGCCCCCGCUGGGCCUCAAUGGCGUGAUGAAGGUGCCCGCUCAGCCCUCAGGCACGGCUCUGUCGCUCACCAAACACAUCUGCGCCAUCUGCGGCGACCGCUCCUCAGGAAAGCACUAUGGUGUCUACAGCUGUGAAGGCUGCAAAGGCUUCUUCAAACGAACCGUUCGCAAGGACUUGACCUACACCUGCCGCGACAACAAGGACUGUGUCAUCGAUAAGCGCCAGAGGAACCGCUGUCAGUACUGCCGCUACCAGAAGUGCUUGGCCAUGGGCAUGAAGAGAGAAGUUUUGUUACAUGCAGCCGUCCAGGAGGAGCGCCAGCGGGCCAAGGACAAGAACGAGAACGAGGUGGAGUCCACCAGCUGCGCGAACGAGGACAUGCCCGUGGAGAAGAUCCUGGAGGCCGAGGAGGCGGUGGAGCCCAAAACCGAGACCUACAUCGAGACCAACCUGGGGAUGCCGUCCAACUCGCCCAACGACCCAGUGACAAAUAUCUGUCAGGCAGCAGACAAGCAGCUUUUUACUCUGGUGGAGUGGGCCAAGAGGAUUCCCCACUUCUCGGAGCUGCCGCUGGACGACCAGGUCAUCCUGCUACGAGCAGGUUGGAAUGAACUCCUCAUUGCAUCAUUUUCGCACCGUUCCAUCGCAGUAAAGGAUGGGAUUCUGUUGGCGACGGGCCUGCACGUGCAUCGCAACAGCGCCCAUAGUGCCGGAGUGGGAGCCAUCUUUGACAGGGUGCUCACAGAGCUGGUGUCAAAGAUGAGAGACAUGCAGAUGGAUAAGACUGAGCUGGGUUGCCUCCGAGCCAUCGUCCUUUUCAACCCAGACUCUAAAGGUUUGUCCAACCCAGGUGAGGUUGAAGCUCUGAGAGAGAAAGUCUACGCGUCUUUAGAGGCUUACUGCAAACAGAAAUACCCCGAGCAGCCGGGCAGGUUCGCUAAGCUGUUGCUACGGUUACCAGCGCUGCGCUCCAUCGGGCUCAAGUGUUUGGAGCACCUUUUCUUCUUCAAGCUGAUUGGCGACACACCCAUCGACACCUUCCUCAUGGAGAUGCUCGAAGCUCCUCAUCAAAUGACAUAAUAGGAGUGACCCCUCCUGACCCUCAGCCUCAUGCCCCCACCCCCUCCCACACUUAAACCCCCAACAUGCAUCACCCCAGCUGCCUUGGAUCCAGAACAUCUAGAAAAGGGCAGACUUAAGAAAAAUAGACAACACAAACGAACAUCUCCCUUCUUGCUUUUGUCCCUCCAGCCAUCUUCUCUGCUCACCAACUCUCUGAAGUGUUUCAACACGAGGAAUCCAUCAUGAAUAUGGGUCUCUUUUAUACCUUGUAAAAUAUAUAAAUAAGAAAAAAUAUCUAUAUAUAUAUAAAUAUAUAAAACACCAUCAACGUAAGUGGCGAGACGGGACUGAAACGAGGACAUAGACAUACUGAGCCAUGGUUUCCGUCUUUGCUUGUCGGAUCGUGCCCCCCCCCAAAAUGAGAAAACAGCAGCAGAGACGAUCAGGUUUUCAACACCCACAGUGCUCAGCAAAACAGCGGCGAUGUCACAGGCGUUGUGAUCGGGACAAUCGCACCUUCUGUGGAACCUCUGGGAUGUUUCAUCUGGGAUGUUUCAUCUGGGAUCUGAGCCUGCUUUUGCUUUUCAGGACUGGACAGCUUGGGGAAAAACAACAACAACAACACAUCAUCACAAAGAAACUCGUCUCUUCAACCUGACUGAACAUGUCAGGUCUUGCACCAGGUGUUUUUUUAUUUUUAUUUUAUUUUUUUGGAAGAGUGAGCUUGCCGGCGUAGAACUCAGAAGUGGCUUAACAGGAGGGCAAGUUCUCACAAACCUCAGGUCUCUGGCCAAUUCCAACAGAGCCGACCAUGUCUUACUGUACCAGCACUGUGCGGCGUUGGGGAAGGACGUCUCAGCAGUCCACAAAUCCACCCUCAAGUACUCAGAAUGACUUGGGGAAACCCUGUUUAGUACAAUCUCUGUAACUCUCUGUGCCCGUAAACUGAUGUAAAUUAGCUUUAUGAGACUUGGGCGUCGGUGGAUGCUCCAGCAGGUGCAGGGACGACACGUCUACUUUUUUCAGACUUUAUUUUAUUUUAUCUUUUUUUGCCUCAACACACAGUCCCACACAAGAGGAAAUGUCAUCGUUCUGUCAGACUCUGAGCUCCUCGUAGUCCUCUCUCUCUCUCUCUCUCUCUCUCUCUCUCUCUGCCUCACAUUUCAUGCUAAUUUCUGCCAGGCAGACACACCUCCACGCUCAGAAACCCCUCUGCUCGCUGCAGCAGCAGGCAUCACUUCUUUCUUUCCAACACCUCAUAUCUACAUGUACUGAAAGCUACGACAGUAUUGACCUUAUUUUCAGUAAUGCACAAAUACCUCUGUUUCCAUACACUCGUGUAGGCUUUAGAGUAUACGGGAAGGAGCGCUUGUUUGUUGUGGCAGAGCCAUUAUGUGUUUGUUUGUUUGUUUGUUACUUGGCACUUAACCUCAUGACAGUGUAGUUGGGUUUCUCCAUGGAGAGCGGAUGUUGAUGUGAUCGACCUCUGCAGCGGAGUUUGGCACUGUCCCGUUCCAGAACGCCUCAGUACUUUUCCUCCUGAAAAGAACACACACACACGCGCACACACACAUUCACUCUGUGCACUUCUCUGGACAACCAAGUGACAUUUAAGUUGAACUGAAAUGUUAAAGGUCUUUAUGUGUAAACGUGUUUUGUGUCCGCAUUCUUUUUCUUGUUUUUCUUCUUUUCCUGCUUUUCUCUAAAUGCUGCAGCUGCUGCAAAACUAUGCAUAGUGUUCAUGUCCAAAGACUGUCUGCAGGGCGGCUUAACCAGAGUAAAUGUUUGGGAGGUGGGGGUCUCUAUUAUUCAGAAAUUGAUGCUCACUUUAAUCUGGUUGAAUCACCUUCAGAUAAACCAAGUUGGUAGCGGAAACCAUAUUAGUUGAAAUCAUCGGUGCGUUCCAUUUGUGCUUGGAAGUCAAAUUUUCCAAGUUGGAAGAAAUUAGCUAAACAUUUUUUUUUCACUUUAAAAAGUCUUUUCUGUCAAUAAUAUGGCAUCACUUAUAACAAUGUACAAUGUUUGGCUUCACUGCUUGAAUGCAUGACACUGAGAAAUGAAUUAUUUAGGGGUUUUAUUGCUACUUGUAGCUAUAGGUUGGUAGGUUUCUAACUUGCAGUUAAGUUAGAAAUUACACCAUAAUUAUUUGUGCCUAAUAAGUUCUGGAUCCUGUGGAAAAUAGAGCAAAGCAUGAAUCGACUAGCUAAACUAGGAAUUACAAACAGUUUGCCUUAAAUGUUAGCUAACGGGACAUUUUAGUUGCACUUGAAAUGCAGAAUUUCUGAGUUUUUUGCCGGAAAAACUGAGAAUUAUGCUCAGAAACUGAGGUUUAUCACUAACCCCAACCUAAAAAUUCAAUACAGCUGUUUACGUAAAGAGAAGUUUGUUAUAAAUUGAUUUUUCACUUUUCUAAUGUUUUUUCUGUAACUUUCGCUGGUAUGCCAUGCUUGACUCAGUUUGGUUUUCUAACUAGAAAAGUUUAAUCUGAUCGAAUUCUUACAUCCAUGAAAAUUUCACCUCUCAAGGUAAAUGGAACGCACCAUAAAUCUACCAGAAAAUCUCGCAAACUACGAAUCGCCAAACUUGUUCACACGACUCCUGACUGUCUGGAAACGGUAAGUCAGAACAAACCUAAGCAAUGACUGUUUUUAUCAACCGUUAGGCUGAGAUUUCUAAGGCAACACGAGCAAACAAGUCUUGGCUUCUUGACAGCAAUUCACUUUUCACCUCAUGGAUGCUAUUUAUAGCAUCUUGCAACGCACAAAAUAAUAGAAAUUGUCAUUUCGUAGCAGAAUAAAAUUUUAACUAAAUCUAUUUCAAAACUUUCAAACAGUUCUAACGAUGGUAUGUUAACUAACUGAUGUUUCAUGGAACCUAAACUCAAUUUUAGUUUGUUAAAAACCAAACAGCUUCUCAGUUUGGACCUUCCCCACUGCAUAAGGGCCCCAUAUACAUGUUUGCAUCGCCUCUGCUGGUAUCAAGUGGACUUUGGUUUUGGCUCUGACAUGAAUUCUUAGAAAAUCGGUCUGAAUUGAUUAUCACAUCUUGUCCCUACAUCAACCUAUGCAGGCCUUUGACAUGGGGUUGUUAUGUAACCCAGUGACAAUCCUAUUUGGGGCCCAUUUUCCAGCUUGUUACUUACCCACGUGGGCCCCAUUGUAGAAGCUGGCUGGAACAGCUCACCAAUAUUCCCUGUUCCCUCUUUACUGCCCAGAACGUAUAAUGUGAAAAGUAAAAUAUAGAAGAAAUGAGUACAAAAGAAACAAAAAAAAAAAA